AUGUCGUACAACCGUCUUGGCCCAUACGGCCACCAUUCGCCUGACGAAGACGAGCAUUACGGCGCCCAGUCGCAAAACCCAUUCAUGGAUCCUCGCGCCGGCAGAUCACCGUCCCCAGGACAUCCUCUAGAGUCGUACGCCUUGCACGACAACCCCUACACCCACGACGAGCCGCUACACAUGCCCAUGGGUCCCGGUCCUCGUCCAGGCGCCUCGCCCAUGCCUGGCACGCCCUCAGACAGACUCCAGGCUCAGCCUACAUUCUCAGUAGAGCACGUUCCCGGCUACGGCCACAGCGAGAGCUACGAUUCGCAUCACUAUCAGACAAGUCCCGUCUACCCACCUGGUGAUUAUGCCCUCAACCCCGAAGACCACCACGACGCAUACCACAAUGAGCCCUACCAACCCGCUAUUACUCCCAUGGAAGAAGUCUACGGCCCUCCCUCCGACGGCCAACAUCCCCAUUACUGGCAGGAUGAGGUCGACACACGCCCUAUCUUGCAACAAGACUCUGCCUACGGGCCUGACCCUCAUAACGUGCCUACUCCUAUGGCAGAAGAGCAGAUGGAAAUGAACGCAGAUCAGCCACAAUCGGGAGGUGGACUCCGUAGAUGGAAAACAGUCAAGGAAGUUCAGCUCUUCAACGGCAACCUAGUCCUUGACUGUCCCAUACCUCCAAGACUCUUGAAUCAGAUUCAGCACGCCCAGCCUCCGGAGCGUGACGAAUUCACACACAUGCGCUACUCGGCCGCCACCUGCGAUCCUUCUGAGUUCUACUCGGAGCGCUUCACAUUGCGCCAGAAACUCUUCGCCAAACCCAGACAUACCGAACUGUUUAUCGUCAUCACCAUGUACAACGAGGAGGAUGAGCUGUUCGCCCGUACCAUGAUUGGUGUCAUCAAGAACAUCGAAUACAUGAACUCGCGAAACAGCAGCAAGACUUGGGGAAAAGAGGCCUGGAAGAAGAUUGUCGUUUGCGUUGUCAGCGACGGUCGUGCGAAGAUCAACCCUCGUACCAGAGCCGUCCUCGCAGGUCUGGGUGUUUACCAGGAUGGCAUUGCCAAGCAGCAGGUCAAUGGCAAAGAUGUCACUGCUCACAUCUACGAGUACACCACUCAGAUGACACUCGAACUCAAGAAAGGUGUGGUCUCGGUUAAGAAAGGAAACACACCCGUCCAGAUGCUCUUCUGUCUCAAGGAAAAGAACCAGAAGAAGAUCAAUUCUCACAGAUGGUUCUUCCAGGCCUUUGGUGAGGUUCUUGACCCUAACAUCUGUGUUCUGAUCGAUGCCGGUACAAAGCCAGGAAAAGACUCUAUCUACAAGCUGUGGAAGGCCUUUGACCUUGAGCCUAUGUGUGCCGGUGCUUGCGGUGAGAUCAAGGCCAUGCUGGACCAUGGUAAAACUCUCAUCAACCCUCUGGUCGCCGCGCAGAACUUCGAGUACAAGAUGAGCAACAUCCUCGACAAGCCUCUUGAAUCCGCCUUCGGGUUCAUCAGUGUCCUUCCAGGUGCUUUCUCUGCUUAUCGAUUCAUGGCUCUCCAGAACGAUAAGACUGGCCAAGGUCCUCUUGAGAAGUACUUUGCCGGUGAGAAGAUGCAUGGUGCCAACGCUGGUAUCUUCACUGCCAACAUGUACCUCGCCGAAGAUCGUAUCCUCUGUUUCGAACUGGUGUCGAAACGCAACUGCUCCUGGAUCUUGCAAUACGUCAAGUCGGCUACUGGCGAGACUGAUGUUCCCACCGAGAUGGCUGAUUUUAUUCUGCAAAGAAGACGUUGGCUGAACGGCAGUUUCUUCGCCGCUGUCUACGCUCUUGCUCAUUUUCAUCAAAUCUUCCGUAGCAACCACUCUGUUGGUCGCAACUUCAUGUUCAUGAUCGAGUUCUUCUACCAGGGUAUCAGCAUGCUCUUCGCUUGGUUUGCUAUCGGUAACUUCUUCCUCGUCUUCCGCAUUCUCACAGGUUCGCUCUCGGAUUCAAGUCUCAACUUCCCACCAGGAAAGGUGUUGGGUGUACUCUUCGAAUGGAUCUACCUUGCUGUCUUGAUCACUUGUUUCGUCCUUGCUCUCGGUAAUCGUCCGCAAGGCUCGAACAAGUUCUACAUGACCCAGGUCUACUUCUGGGCAAUUCUCAUGGCAUAUCUCAUGUUUGCGACCGUGUUCAUCACUGUCAAGUCUGUACAGGCACAACUCAAAGAGCACGACCACUUCACGUUUAGCAUGCUGUUCACCAACUCGCUGUUCUUGACGCUCAUCGUAUCGAUGGCUAGUACAUACGUCUUGUACUUUGUCGCCUCCUUCAUGUUCUUGGAUCCUUGGCACAUGUUCACGUCCUUCUUGCAAUACCUCCUGCUCACACCGACUUACAUCAACAUCCUCAACGUCUACGCCUUCUGCAACACUCACGACAUCACUUGGGGUACCAAAGGAGACGACAAGCCAGAAAAACUGCCCUCUGCCGUCACGAAACCAGGUGGCAAGGUCGACGUGACCAUUCCGAGCGAUGACCAUGAUCUCAACAGUCAAUACGAAGAAGAACUCCGCGUUUUCUCAACCAAGUGGACACCUCCUGUCAAGACUCCUUCUGCAGCUGAGAAGCACGAGGACUAUUACAAGGGAUUCAGAAGUGCCGUUGUUUUGGCUUGGAUGUUCUGCAACCUUGCUCUCGCUGCAGUCGUUCUCAAUACAGGUGGCCUCAACCGUGUCUCGGUGGGUGUUCAAGACGACAAUCAGCGCAGUACUAUCUACAUGAGUGUUGUGCUCUGGAGUGUCGCUGUUCUCAGUGCUUUCAGAUUUAUUGGAGCUUGCUGGUUCUUGGUUGUUAGACUUAUCAGGGGGGUUUAG